AUGCUGCCAGCACGCCUAACCAGCCGCUGCCUCCGCAGCAGCAGCAGCAGCACCCGCGCCUUCUCCACCGCCCGCGUCUCCCUCCGCGCCGACAACCCCAUCCCGGCCAACGACACCAAAGACCGCUCGACACCCUCGCCGGUCAGCAGCACCAAUGCCAUGCCCACGAGCAGCGAAGGCAACAUGGACAAGCCUCUGCAGGAAUCUGUGGCCGAGGGUGAAGAGCGCAGGACCAUGCAGGCGCCCAACAGGGAGGGAGUGUGGAGCCGUAGCCAGCAAGCCAGAGAAAAGGCCAUGGUGGGACCUAGAUUCGAGCAGAUGAUCAUGUAUGAUCAGCCUCGCCCGUUGGCGGCCAUCGAGCUCAUCCACAAACAGCCCGUCCGCUGGGUCAAGGAGAAGUCCGUCAAGUGCGACGGCGGCGGCGGUCCCCUCGGCCACCCUCGCAUCUUCAUCAACGUCGACAAGCCCCAAAUAUGCGGUUGCACCUACUGUGGUCUUCCCUACGCAAAGGAGUCCAACCGCAAGUACCUCGAGUCCCUGCCCUCGACACCUUACCCUCUCAAGCCCACUGGGGAUGAGGCAGAGGUUCCCUUUGGUUACCAGAGCAACACUGGCAAGCCUUUGGAACAGCGAUAG